AUGUCUUCUGCCGUCUUGGCCUCAUCCUCUUCUCAACAAACCCUCCCAGAUACCUCUCAUGGACCUUACACGCGUCCAGCAUCGGUCAUCUCUUCCGCGCACUCUUCUGCUCGGUCCUCUGUUGCUUCAUCGUUGACUUCUUCUCCGACUCAACAACGCUCACCUACAGGGUCUCUAGUGGCAUUACCUUCUGUAACUACCCCUAAUACUUCCUCCACGUCUACCACGUCUACCACGUCUACCACGUUCACUGCUCCUUCUUCUUCUUCUUCUUCUUCCUCUAGCGCAGGCGCUUCGAUUCAUCUUGCUGCGCGGGCCGGAGGAACCGCCCAUCAUCGUCCUGCUCCCAUCAAUGUAACAAAGGCUAAUGAGUCUCUUUUCAUGGGUUCUUCUUCUUCUUCUUCCUCUGGAAUGACUGUGUUGAAUUCAACUACUACCCCCCAGUCUCCACGAGCUGCUUUAGUGGCCGGGCUGCGCUCGGCUACUGACCGUCGUGUUCACCAAAAAAUGCUCCAACAACAGCAACAGCAGCAGCAACAGCAGUUGCAACAACAACAGCAGUUGCAGCAACAAAUGAAUCAGCUUUCACUUGAUUCCAACGUGCUCUAUGCUAGCACCCCUACCUACCCUGCCUCAGCAACAACCUUAUCUUUCCCUGGAUCGGCCCAGUAUGCUACACCUUUUGCUCUUCCUCCUCAGUCUUCUUCUCCUCUUCAAGGUAUGGUCCCCCAUUCGGCUACAGUCUCUUCUUUUUCCAAUGCUACAGGCCAGCAACAGCAGCAACAACAGCAGCAACAAAUCCAGGCUCAACCUCCUCAACGUUCAGCCACCACUUCCAGUCCUUACUUGAACGCAUUGGCUGCAUGCUCAUCUCCGGUCACGGGUCCUACUGGUGUACCUUCCUUGCAUAAUGGUGCAUUUUUGGACCCUCCGGAAUUUUCCAUUUCUGCUCGUACUUUGUCACCUCCAGCUUCUCCUGGACCAGCAGUUGAUCGUGUGGAUCCUCGUCAGUUGGCUGCUCUUCAUCAGCAACAACAAGAAUUGUUGGCCACUUCGCGACUUAUUGCUCAGCAACAGCAACGUAUUCAAGCCAAAAUGGCCCAAGUAGCUGCUGAAAAUGCAAACAAUAACAAUCCAGGAACCGUUUUUGGAGGAGCCGGAACUACUUCAGACCUUAUACCUUCUUCUUCAUCUACUGUUUCUAAUAAUUCUUCUAUUUCUACCUCUUCUUCUUCUUCUUCAUCAUCAUCAUCAUCAUCAUCUUCUUCUUCUUCCUUUUAUGACCGCCCGGCUAGCCCGUCGGUCCCCGUGCGCCCCUCAUCUGCUGCAGGCUCCCUGGAUGGAGCUCUGUUUGGUGCGCCUCCGGGACUUUUUUUGCAGACUGGAUCUGCAAAUCAAGGGGGUAUCUAUGGAUCCUUUUACCAACAACCUCAACAGUCUCAACAGCAGCUACAACAACAGCAACAACAACAACAAUUUAUGAGUCCUAUUUCUAGUGUAUUUCCUUCUCAACAAUCAGGAACUUCAUCUUCCUCAUUCAGUAGGUCCCACCGUAAAGCUUCUAGCUUGUCUGGAAGUGCGGUGGGGACUUUUGGCGGGUCCCAGCAACACCAGUCUGCAUCUGGAGGAAUGCAUGGGUCAGCAUAUCGCAAGCAAUACGUUGGUGGAGGGACUAGUUCAUCGUUUGGUGUUAUUGGGUCAUCAUUUUCUGGAACAGGACUUUUGACUACUAGUUCCAAUUCCUCCUCAAAUUCUUCCAACUCCUCCAACUCCAACUCCUCUAACUCCAACUCUUUGAUAUCUCCAUGGAAUCCGCGGGCGGCUGGUCCUCUGCCAGGAGCAGGAGGGUUAGCUAAGAACGCACCACAUACACCGUCCAGCUUGUCAUUUUCAUCGACUACGUUGACACGUGGUCCCUGUGCCGUUGCAGCUAUUUCCACGGGAUCUUUAUCAUCUGCAACGUCAUCUUCUUCAUUUUUUGAAGAGGUGGCAGUUCCUGUACGACAACCAGUUGGUCCGCCAUUGAUGGAAGAGUUACGAGCGCGCCCGGAGCGCAACUUUUAUGUAUAUGCUGGAGGAGUAUCAUCUACAGGAAAUGCCGGCCAGGCGCCGGUUUAG